UCCCGAUGCCAUACCACACUGAUGCAUUAGACUGUUAAACUUGGCAAUAAAGGAAGUUUGUGGUCGCUUUUUGCUCACAGCCUCAACGGAUCGCAUGAAGCGAAAACAACAGACAUCGCACAACAAACACUGAAAAAUGAAAAGUUCUCAAGUUGUGACCUGGAGCACACGCGUGUCCGACAGGUCCGGGGAAAGGAUUGGAUCGUUAUCUGUUGCAACAACUCAACUGAUCAAAGUGCAUUCAACACACAAGUCAUUAUUCAGACUGGGCAAAGACGUGCAUAACACCAACCUCACCGCUGUCAGGAGCUGAUUAUCCGCACUACAAACGCACAAGAAUUAGAGUUAUCCUUUGGCACGGGUGAUGACAGACAGGAACGACUGAUCUUCAGUCUGUGUGUGAAUGAAAUGGUGACUGGAAUGAAGGAGAAGACACAAUGGAAAGAGUUUAUCGAGACCAUAAGUGUUCUGCAGUUGGUGAUGUCUUUCCUUUUUUUAGGUGUGGCGUGUUUGACAUUAAUGGUCUACCUGAUGUUCACCUCUCUCUGGCCCAUUCCCACUCUCUACUUCACGUGGCAGCUGCUGGACUGGUACACACCUGAGAGAGAGGGCAGGAGGACAGAGUUUGUGAGGAAAUGGAAGGUGUGGGAACACUUCAGAGAUUACUUCCCUGUAAAGCUGGUGAAGACAGCGGAGUUGAGUCCCAGUAAGAAUUAUAUACUGGGUUGUCACCCCCAUGGCAUCAUGAGUGUGGGAGCAUUCUGCUGUUUCAGCACAGAGAGCUGUGGAUCCGCUCAGCUCUUCCCUGGUGUCCAGCUAACCCUGGCAAUCCUGGCCGGACUCUUCAGAUUACCACUGUUCAGAGACUACAUCAUGAGUGCCGGGCUGCGUCCGGUAAGUAAGGAGAGCAUUGAAUACCUGCUGAGCCGCUGUGGAGAGGGGAACGCAGUGGUCAUCAUUAUAGGAGGAGCAGAGGAGUCUCUGGCCUCCUCUCCAGGAGUAAACACCGUGGUGAUGAGACAGAGGAAGGGCUUUGUCAGACUGGCCCUGGAGAACGGGGCAGACCUGGUGCCUGUCUACUCCUUUGGGGAGAAUGACCUGUUCAAACAGGUGGUGUUUCCAGAGGGGAGCAUGGGUCGCAGGCUGCAGAGCAUCUUUAAACAUGUCAUGGGUUUUGCUCCAUGUCUGUUUGCAGGGGAGCGUUGGCUCCUCAUGCCUUACAGGAGUCCAGUAACCACCGUGGUGGGCAGUCCCAUCAGUGUGCCCAGGGUCCCGUGUCCAUCAGAGGAGCAGGUAGAUCACUACCAUAGACUGUACAUGGAGGCUCUCACUCAUCUCUUCCACAAACACAAGACCAGCUGUGGUCUGAAAGACUCACACCAGCUCCAGAUCAUCUAAACACACCUUCACAUGAAUGGAAUCUGUACACACACACACAAACACACACACCCCUUCGCACACUGGGCUGUGUUCUUAGUGCUCAGCCUGAAUGAGAACUGUAACAAAGGGGAACUGGUUAAUCAGGUAUUUGACUUUUACAGAUGUGUGAACAUAUUCAUAAAUUCUUGCAUUUCACCUUUAGUCUGAAUGCACGUAGGCUGUAGCUUUAACAGUACAUCUUUUAUAAUACCUGCUAUGUUAGAUGGAAACAAGCUGUACAUUAUCUCUGAUGCAUCUUUUGUCAGAGAUUGGACAACUCAGGAAUUGUCUACAACACCAAUCCCACAGAUCCACCAGGCUGUGACGGGGGUGUCAGAGCUCAAGCACCCAUACCGUGUCAUGAUUUAGGACAGUCGUGAUGUUAAUGCAUGUGAUGCUGGGACAGAGCAAGGAAAGACUACUGUAGCACAAUGUUGCUCUGUAUUGGGCAUUAUGUUUGGAUUCCUUUCAAUAAAAAAUGUCUUUUAUAUAGACUGUCUCCUCAAAGACCACGUGUUAGAGUACCCUUAUGUCUCCAACCUGCUUAUGGUGUGAGAUGUACGUUUAUGAAGAGACACUGGGAACUGUGCAUUGCACCACUGUGAACGAUGAUGCAGUUUUUUAAAUGGUCUCUUUUCAAUGACUGUACAAUGGAAUUUGAAUUUUUGUGCAGACAUGUUGUAUCAGCCAAUGUAUUGUGGUGAAGCCAUUCUGAAAGGUUUACAGAAAAUACAAAAAUGAAACAGGUUUCAAAUAAAUUAUUUCUGUGGGAUUUA